AUGGAGGCCAACCAGUCGCAACGCCGGACAAAGGCGGCGGUUGAAAAUGACCCUAAGUCCCCGACAAUAUCGCCAUACCGGCCGCUUGCGCAAGACGUCGAUUGCACACGCUUAGUGGAGAUAGAGCCAGCGAGGCACGAGAGUGAUGACCCGGUGUGCUCUCUCAUCCACGCCAACUUCGGUGACAAGCCGAAAUACGAGGCGCUAUCGUACAUGUGGGGUGAAGAUAGGGAGAAGGAAACUAUUAUCGUCGAUGGCAUGCAAUUGAGUGUCACCACGAACCUAUGGGACGCACUUUUCUAUCUCCGCAGGCAUCGACCGAGUUGCACGCGGUUCUGGAUCGAUGCUCUUUGCAUCAACCAGAGCGAUAUACCAGAGCGCAACCGACAGCUCCGUAUGAUGAGGCACAUAUACUCUCGAGCCAGCCUGGUGGUUGUGUGGCUCGGCAAGAAGUACGCGGCAUACCAGGAGAAGAUACCUAGUUUGAGUGCACUCGAGGCAUUCCGAUCUCAAGAUGCCAAUCCGUCGGCGUCAUUGCCACUGAAGGCCGAUCUACAGGCUAGCCAACAGCCCGAAACAGACAACCAGGAGAAAAAUAUGGCCAAAGAGCUUUGUAGCGAUGGGUACUGGGAUAGGUUGUGGAUAAUCCAGGAGCUUACACAGGCCCGGGGAUACGACCGAAUUCGGAUCCUGGUCUGCUUUGGGAAUAUGAUGGGGUUCAAGUGGACGGCCUUCACCCAUUUCGUCACACAGUCAGGUUGUGCUGGUGAGGGGUUCUCGAGGUUGAACCGCCAAAUCGAAGACAAAUAUACCAGCGGGCACACCCUCAGGAAGUUACUUGCGGAGCAUCGAGCUGCGAAGUGCAAGGAACCAAGGGACAAGAUCUAUGGCCUGAUCAGCCUAGCGGCCGACGCCCGCGGGUUCCCUAUGGACUACAGCAAGUCUCUUUUUGAUAUCUGGACCGAUACUAUGGAGUUCAUGAACAUUCAGCAGCUCCUGGCGGAAUUCGACAUCGUUGAAGUGGGAUCAUUGGUCAGAUUCCUCUUGAUGGGGGCUGAUUGUUCACCACUAAAGCAAGUCCUACCUUAUGUGUCUGGAGCUACAUCUACUCUGGUAGAUCAGAGGGCUAUCAACCCCAAAAUCUUAGAGCUCCAGGGGUAUGUCCUCGGGUAUGUCAUGAGCGUGGGUCCAAGUACGACCGAUGUUAUUGGGAACUUGGGCAAGGUGGACUCAUGGGAGACCAGCGUCCGCGACAACUUCAGAGACGACCUCGGAACAGCGUAUCGGGAGAGCGACAUGCUUCUUGAAUCCAUCAUAAAGACCGACGAUGAAGCACUAGCAACCAGAUGUUUCAAUCAGACGAGCACCGUCCGAUGGGUUGGCCGCUUUCAAGAGAACAAGAUUAUGACUGCCUAUUCGUCUUGUUUAAGGACCGCCACCGCAGCCGCAUCAGCGAGUCUAACUAGCAAGGAGGUCCACGCAGCUGACCAUCCUCAUCUAUACCAACUGGACAAGCCAGAGCUUGCCUAUUUUGAAAGACUUGGUGGAUAUCGGGACAAGCCGCAAUGGAAGAUGGGUAUAUCAUCAAGUCACGUUCGCCGGGGUGAUAUCAUCUGCCGCAUUCGUGGUAUCGACAAAGGCGUCCUGAUCCGGGUCCACGAGAUAGAUGACUGGAAGGCUACAAUGCAGAUAAUCGGUACAGCUAUGGUGGCAGAGGAAGUAGCCACAUCUGCGAGCUAUCUCAGCCAACUUUGGAAGGAAGAUGAAAUGAAGGUGAAAAUGGAUGCAAGAACUCUUUUUGUUCUCUUGCCGGGUAACUAUCAGGUCGAGUAG